AAGACACAGGAAUGCAUGUGGCCGAGUUCUCUGCAGGCCCAGUGGUUGAUCAGGGCAGGAAGCAAUUGAUGGUGAUCUUUUGAUUUUUUUUUCCUCCCCCCUUUUUUCUCCCUCUCAUUCUCUUUUGCACAUAGAGUCUCAUGUUUGAAAUUAUUUAAACAUGAUGAGCUGUGUGCAGAGAGCCGUUUUGUUCUUCUUUACUGUGUCACAAUUCUCCGUCAUUUUGGCACAACAACAAGAGGUUGAGUUCGGAGAAUGCAGUCACCUUGGCCAACUGUAUGCUGACCGAGAUGUGUGGAAACCAGAACCAUGUCAAAUUUGUGUGUGCGACUCAGGGUCUGUUCUUUGUGAUGACAUUCGUUGUAUAGAGGAAGAGUUACCAUGCGCAAAUCCAGAGAUUCCAUUUGGAGAAUGUUGCCCUGUUUGUCCAACAGCAACAGACUCACCUCCUGAUGGAACACGAGUCCAGGGCCCCCAAGGCCCCAGGGGAGAACCCGGCACACCUGGUACUCCUGGAAGAAAUGGAUCCCCUGGUACCCCUGGCCUGCCAGGAGACCCUGGUCAACCUGGCCCCCCUGGAGUCUGCCAAAAUUGCCCAAGUUUUACUGGAAAUAACUUUUCUCCUCAGUAUGACUAUGAUGUCAAGGCUGGACCAGGCCCAGGCGUUAUAACUGGUGGUACUGGCUUUCCUGGCCCACCGGGUCCUAGUGGUCCUCCUGGUCCUGUUGGUCAGCCAGGUUCACCUGGACCUCAUGGAUACCAAGGUCAACCUGGUGAACCUGGACAAGCUGGAGCUCCUGGUGCUCCUGGCCCCCCAGGAAUGAUUGGACCCCCUGGACCUUCUGGAAAAGAUGGAGAACCUGGAAGACCUGGAAGACCUGGAGAACGUGGAUUACCCGGCCUUCCUGGCCACAAAGGGCCUUCUGGAAUGCCUGGAAUGCCUGGAAUGAAAGGUCAUAGGGGUUUUGAUGGAAGAGAUGGUUCCAAAGGUGAUGCAGGUGCUCCUGGUCUAAAGGGUGAAAAUGGCCUUCCCGGAGAAAAUGGAUCCCCAGGACCAAUGGGACCCAGAGGUCUGCCUGGUGAAAGAGGACGAGCUGGGCCUCCAGGAACUUCAGGUGGUCGUGGUAAUGAUGGUAGUCCUGGAGCAGCUGGCCAACCUGGUCCACCAGGCCCUCCUGGACCUUCAGGAUUUCCUGGUACUCCAGGUUUUAAGGGUGAAACAGGUCCUCCUGGUUCUGCAGGCUCUAGCGGACCUCCUGGACCAAAAGGAGAUGCCGGUCCUCCUGGCCAAUCUGGGGGUGCUGGCCCUCCUGGUCCUGGAGGACGUGAUGGAAAUCCUGGUGCCAAAGGUCCUCCAGGUGCUGCUGGAAUUCCUGGUGCUCCUGGCCUAAGUGGAGCUCGUGGUCCUCCUGGUCCUUCUGGUGUUAAUGGAAUCCCUGGACAAAGAGGUCCAUCUGGUGAACCUGGUAAAAAUGGUGCAAAAGGAGAACCAGGAGCAAGAGGCGAACGGGGUGAAAAUGGCACCCCUGGUGGUGCUGGUCCUCCUGGAGAAGAAGGCAAGGCAGGAGCACCUGGUCAACCUGGCACUAAUGGUGUACCUGGAGCUGCAGGAGAAAGGGGUUCCCCAGGAUUCCGCGGUCCUGCUGGUGCUAAUGGAGCUCCAGGUGAAAAGGGGCCACCUGGUGAGCGAGGUGGUCCAGGCAGUACCGGUCCAAGAGGAGUUCCUGGAGAACCAGGACGGGAUGGCAGCCCUGGCCUGCCAGGAAUGAGAGGCUUAACAGGAAGUCCAGGUGGUCCAGGAGCAGAUGGAAAACCAGGCCCUUCUGGAUCACCAGGAGAAUCAGGGCGGAGUGGUCCCCCAGGCCCAGCAGGUCCACGAGGUCAACCAGGUGUGAUGGGCUUCCCUGGUCCAAAAGGCAAUGAGGGUUCACCAGGUAAAAAUGGGGAAAGAGGAUCUUCUGGACCACCUGGUGGACCGGGGCUACCUGGAAAGGAUGGUGAAUCAGGAGCACAGGGACCCCCAGGACCUGCUGGAGGUCCUGGUGAAAGAGGAGAGCAAGGAGCAACAGGCCCACCCGGAUUUCAGGGUCUACCUGGUCCUUCAGGAGCUCCCGGAGAGAGUGGGAAACCAGGAGAUCCAGGCCCAAAAGGUGAAAAUGGAGUUCCAGGACUUCCAGGAGGAAAGGGUGAAAAUGGCAUCCCAGGUGAACGAGGCACACCGGGACCUGCAGGUCCCCCUGGAGCUAGAGGUGGUCCAGGCCCUGCUGGCCCUGAAGGUGGAAAAGGCCCUGGUGGUCCAACUGGUCCUCCUGGUGGUAUGGGGCCUCCAGGAUUGCAAGGAAUGCCAGGAGAGAGAGGAGCUUCUGGAAAUCCUGGACCCAAGGGAGAAAAGGGAGAGCCUGGAGGCAGAGGAGGAGAUGGUGUACCUGGUAAAGAUGGAUUACGAGGGCCUGUAGGAUCCAUUGGGCCACCUGGUCCAUCUGGCCAACCUGGUGAUAAGGGAGAACCUGGACCUGCUGGACCCCAUGGCCCAUCAGGUCCCCGUGGUGGACCGGGUGAUCGUGGAGAACAUGGGCCACCUGGUCCUGCUGGCUUCCCUGGAGCUCCUGGGCAAAAUGGAGAGCCUGGUGGAAAAGGAGAGAGAGGUCUUCCUGGUGAACGAGGUGAAUCUGGACCCCCAGGAAUUGCAGGUCCAUCAGGAGGUCCUGGUGCACAAGGUCCAGCUGGUUCAGCAGGACCAAAAGGAGAACGUGGGGGUCCAGGUCCUGCAGGUUCACCUGGCUUUCCUGGCUCUCGAGGCUUACCCGGUCCUCCUGGUAACAGCGGAGCGUCAGGACCACCUGGCAAUGCCGGCCCACCAGGCAAAGAUGGACAUUCUGGCCCACCUGGUUCUACUGGCCCACCUGGUCCCCCAGGUGGUUCAGGUCCAAAAGGUGAGCCAGGUGCACCAGGAGAAAAGGGCACACCAGGAGCAAAAGGAUCAGACGGUAUACCAGGUCCUGCAGGAAAUACCGGCAUACCUGGACAGCGUGGUAUUGUUGGAUUGCCAGGAACAAGGGGACCAUCAGGCUCUCCCGGCCCGGCUGGUCCCAAGGGUGAAGAUGGCAAACCAGGAAGUAAUGGUAGUCCAGGGGAACGAGGAUCUCCAGGGCCAGGAGGUUCUCCUGGACUUAGUGGGGCACCAGGAGAACCAGGCAGAGAUGGUAAUCCUGGAUCAGAUGGGCUCCCAGGUCGUGAUGGAUCCCCAGGACCAAAGGGUGAUCGUGGUGAAAAUGGUCCUGCUGGUGUACCUGGAUCUCCAGGUCAUAUGGGGCCCCCAGGUAAUGCUGGUGCGCCUGGAAAAACUGGUGAAAGAGGACAUUCGGGUCCUUCUGGUCCUGCUGGUCCAGCUGGUCCAGCCGGUGCUCGUGGUGCUCCUGGCCCUGCUGGUCCACGUGGUGAUAAAGGUGAAGCUGGCGAACGGGGUAGCAAUGGACUCAAGGGUCACCGAGGACUUCCUGGUGGCCCAGGAUCCCCUGGUCCAGUGGGUCCACUGGGUCCCCCAGGGCAAAGUGGAAGCCCAGGACCUGCAGGUGCUAGAGGGCCUCCUGGACCAAGUGGCCCACCUGGCAAAGAUGGGAGAGUUGGUUAUGCAGGCCCCAUUGGCCCUCCAGGUCCUCGUGGGAACAGAGGCGAAAGUGGACAAGCGGGUCCACCCGGUCACGGUGGGCCUCCUGGGCCUCCUGGUCAACCUGGAGCACCUGGUCCAUGCUGCAAUGGUGGUCCUAAUGGUGAUGGUAAAGGAUUCAGCUACUAUGGAGAUCAGCCAUCUGAGGGCAAAAUUGACAUGGGAGAGGUUUUAGCUUCACUGAAAUCAGUCAACAGCCAGAUCGAAAACAUCAUUAGCCCUGAUGGUUCACGAAAGAAUCCUGCCCGUAACUGCAGAGAUCUGAAGUUCUGCCAUCCUGAACUUCCAAGUGGAGAGUAUUGGAUCGAUCCUAACCAAGGUUGCAAACUGGAUGCCAUCAAAGUAUUCUGCAACAUGGAAACUGGGGAAACAUGCCUCAGUGCCAAUCCCUCAAGUGUUCCAAAGAAGAACUGGUGGACAAGCCCAGGUCCCGAAAAGAAGCACAAUUGGUUUGGAGAGUCUAUGAAUGGAGGUUUCCAGUUCAGCUAUGGAGAUCCAGAUCUUCCAGAAGAAGUUGCAGAUGUUCAGCUGGCAUUCCUCAGAAUCCUUUCAAGCCGAGCCUCUCAAAACAUCACCUACCAUUGCAAAAACAGCAUUGCCUAUAUGGAUGAAGCCAGCGGGAAUGUGAAGAGAGCACUCAAGUUCAUGAGUUCUACUGAUAGUGAAAUCAAGGCAGAAGGAAACAACAAAUUCACAUACACAGUUCUGGAAGAUGGCUGUACUAAACAUACUGACGAAUGGGGUAAAACCGUCUUUGAAUACAUAACACGCAAGACGAUGAGGUUGCCGAUAAUAGAUAUUGCACCUUUCGACAUUGGCGCUCCCAAUCAACAAUUUGGUGUGGACAUUGGCCCAGUUUGCUUCUUAUAAAUCAUGAGUAAUGCUCAUUCUGAACCCUAGAAAGCAAAUUCACACUCCAUCUUUGCUCUUGUUUUAACUUUGGCAACUAUUAGAGUCAAAUCAACAGUACCCCAGUUAUUUAUUUGCAAAAAUUCUGGAAAGAGGGGGGAGAAAAAAAACAAGAUAAAUUCACAUAAAGGGUUACCAUUUUCUUAUUUUGCUCUCACACAGAAUACAACAAAAAUGUCUUUUGCUCUUUUUCUUUUCACCAAACUCCCAUGUUCAACAACACUCUCAUGGUGCUACAUUGCAACUUCAACACUCAGUAACUCAAGACUGUAAUUUUAGUUGAAUGCUUGCCCCAACCAAUCAAGCAUUGACGGAUUCCAGCAUCCAAGUUUACCUUCCAUUAUAAGAUGCAGUUCAUAAAGCUAGAGAGAAUUCCCUGUUUCAACUACCUCAACAUGGACAGAAACUGGGAUUAGUUUGAUGAUUCCCAUCAAGAAAGCAGAAAGAAAAAUAUGUUGGGACCAAGGAAUACAUCUGGUCUUUUUUUGUUUGUUAGUUUGUUCCUUUGCCAGAUUGAGCUGAACAGAGUAUAGUCCAUCAGAAGAAAAGAAUGCCCUAAUACCAACAGACUUGUGUUAUUUUAUUUCUGGACUGCAUUGCAUGUUUUAAGGGUGCUCCGAUACUUUCCUGUCAUUGCUGGUCAAGACCACUAAAAUUAGGGAAGUGUUUAAAAGAUAAAUAUGAUGGUGCUAGUUGUGUAUGUUUUAAAUCUGCAAGCCAGGUUUUAUUGACUUGCCUUGAAACACCGAAACUUGACAACAGUCAUAGAUGUCUCUUGUUGGAUGUCAUAUGGUUGGUAGGCCAUUUCUGAAGGGCUUUUCUUCCUUCACUCUGUAAAAGUCAAUAAAGAUGCAGAAUCAUGAGCUUCUCUUGUCACAUUCACACAUGUAUAGUGUUGAAGGUUAACCAUCUUUGUAAGCUUUUAUACGGUUGUUGGUCUUUUCUUUACAGAGACACAUAAUAAAAUAUUGUAAUAAAA